AUGCACCCCGCCCGUUUAACUUCUGUGCGCGACGUGACACGAACAGUACGGCGACUUACUCUGUAUCAACUGCAAAUCUGUCUGGGUCUGGAAGAUUGGAAGGCUUGUCAUGCAGGUUGUCCAUGACGCGAGCGUGAGGUCUGUCAUACAUGACCCAGCAUGACAGAUUCUGUCCGAUCUCUAUCAUGCCUCGUCUGCAUGAGAGACUCCCUCUUAGCUUGGUCAAAAGUGGACAGCUUUUGGCAAUCACGCAACACACAUUUUUGCACUAUCCAGAAUUAACAUGACAAGUUGCAUUCUUCCAGACCCAGACAUAUUUGCAAUGCAUACUCUGCAGCUGGAACCAACUCCGCCGACCUUUCCGCCGUUCGCUUUCCGUCCCGGGCAGUGGGCGGAUUUCGCGCUGCCGGACCCGAAGAGCCUAUCAAAUGUAAAAAUGUCUGGGUCUGGAAGAGUGUAUGUUUGUCAUGCUUGUCUGGCAUGACUCUCAAAGCUGUCAUGCACGUUACCCAAGAGCGCCACUUUUCUGUCAUGCAGAAACGCAGUUUGUCAUGCAGAAUACAAUAGGCAACACCUAGAAGCUCAGAAACUUGUCAUGCUGAGACAGCACUUGUGGCCUCCUCAUGAUACGCCACCCAGCAUCACAAGUUUCCAGACGCAGACCCAGACACUUUUACAUUUGAUAGCGCCCGAUCGGAGGCUAUUCGUUCGUUUCUGCACCACGGGAGCUGCCAAAAAUAGAAUUUCUCGUGCAGAGGGAGCGACUGGAUGAAAGCAAGAAAACAACGAUGACCUCCUGGAUUCACUCGGAGCAGUGUAAGCCGGGCGUUGUCGUUGGGCUGCGGGCCGGGGGGUCGUGGAUUCUUCCAUGUGGUGGACCAGCUGCAGAUGAAGAUGCAACAAGAAAAACGUCGGUCCGGAAUAAAACGACUACAGCAACAGCUAGUGGGGAUCAACUACCGGAGGUAGAUCCUCAAACAACAGUAUGAAUUGCGAAAGUAUCGUAUUCGUAUAAAUGCAUUAUACAAAUUUCCGCAGCAUGAGAAAUAAAAUUUGUAAAUGCGAAUUGACCUCAAGAAAAAGAUUUGUAAUGCAUGAUUGCAAUACGAGUUCGAUACUUUUGCACAGGAUACACAGACAGUGUCAGCGACGUUUUGUUCGUAGCUGCUGGAAUUGGCGUAACGCCGUUCUUGUCCUGUUUUCGGGAACUCGAGGAACUGCCCCACACUCGUAUGGAUAUGGAACGAGAAAAGGCAUCAACAAAGGCCACCAUACGCUACCACUUUUUCUUCGUGGUGCGUGACGAUGACGACGCAAAAAUCUUCGGCCCCGAAGAUACUUCCGCCCUUCAAGCGUUAAAACGCACCGGAACCCUUGCGAGCUACGAGCUGUUUCAAACCGGGACGGAAAAGCGGAGACCCACGGCUGCGGACAUUUAUUUGGGAACAAGUAGAAAGAGGUUCUUUCAAGAUAAAGCAGAGCAGCGCUCAUCUUGUUCAUCUUCUCUGCGAGUGUUUCUCUGUGGGCCACCGGAAUUCAGCUUGAGCAUAGCAAACCAAUUGAAAAAUGAAUUUGGUGUAACUGAUGUGUUUUAUGAGAAUUGGUGGAAUCCGAAUCAUAUGGUGCACUAGGACGAGAGCAGCUGGAUAAUUCAGCUUUGGCCUCACGCUUGCCUGGUUUUCUCUGCAGCGGAGAAGGUGCUCCUUGGCUUCUACCAGCAUGGUUUACAGACCGUUGUGUUCCAGUUCCUUUUCCAGAACUUUUUGUAGUCCGUCGACUCCUUGCUAGUAGUCAUAUGUUAUGUAGUAGAGAAUGUACAUCAGUAAAAUCAUUUCACUUUGUUGCACCAUGCUGAGAGGGAACAACAAUGAAGAUCUCGUCCUCUUUGGCUCAUUUGUAACCAGCUACACGAGCAGUUGCACCUUUGAAUAGUUUCAUGGUUAAAUACAGGAAACAUACCGUAUCGCGAAAGGUAAAAGAAAGUAUGGUCACGACUUGAGCGGUUUUUGUUUGCCCUCCCCGCGGGCCGCCCGACCUCCGGCCAACGCUGGGGACGGACCCCGCCGCACUCCCGCUUGGUCCGACGUGCUCAGUCUGCUACUGCCGGUUCUUGCGAGAAAAGGCACUUACAAGUCGGGAU